AUGCUGGCCUCGGGCUUGCUCCUGGCCGCCGUGCUGGCCUGCCUGAGCGUCAUGGUCUUGAUGUCCGUGUGGAAGCAGAGGAAGCUCAGGGGGAAGCUGCCUCCGGGGCCCACGCCGCUGCCCUUCAUCGGGAACUACCUGCAGCUGGACACCGAGCAGAUGUACAACUCCCUCAUGAAGAUCAGCGAGCGCUACGGCCCGGUGUUCACCGUCCACCUGGGGACCCGGCGCAUCGUGGUGCUGUGCGGCCAGGAGGCCGUGAAGGAGGCCCUGGUGGACCAGGCCGAGGAGUUCAGUGGGCGAGGCGAGCAGGCCACCUUCGACUGGCUCUUCAAAGGCUACGGCGUGGCCUUCAGCGAGGGUGAGCGCGCCAAGCAGCUCCGCCGGUUCUCCAUCAGCACGCUGCGGGACUUCGGCGUGGGCAAGCGCGGCAUCGAGGAGCGCAUCCAGGAGGAGGCGGGCUUCCUCAUCGAGGCCUUCAGGGCCACCCGCGGCGCCUUCAUCGACCCCACCUUCUACCUGAGCCGGACGGUGUCCAAUGUCAUCAGCUCCAUCGUCUUCGGGGACCGCUUCGACUAUGAGGACCCGGAGUUCCUGUCCCUGCUGCGCAUGAUGCUGGGGAGCUUCCAGUUCACAGCGACCUCCACCGGCCAGCUCUAUGAAAUGUUUUCCUCGGUGAUGAGGCACCUGCCGGGACCACAGCAGCAGGCCUUCAAGGAGUUGCAGGGGCUGGAGGACUUCAUUACCAAGAAGGUGGAGCACAACCAGCGCACCCUGGACCCCAACUCCCCGCGGGACUUCAUCGACUCCUUUCUCAUUCGCAUGCAGGAGGAGAAGAAGAACCCUAACACGGAGUUCUACAUGAAGAACCUGGUGAUGACCACGCUAAACCUCUUCUUCGCGGGCACCGAGACGGUCAGCACCACCCUGCGCUACGGCUUCCUGCUGCUCAUGAAGCACCCUGACGUAGAGGCCAAAGUUCACGAGGAGAUCAACCGAGUGAUUGGCAAAAACCGGCAGCCCAAGUUUGAGGACCGUAUGAAGAUGCCCUACACCGAGGCCGUGAUCCAUGAGAUCCAGAGAUUUGGAGACAUGAUCCCCAUGGGCUUGGCUCGCAGGGUCACCAAGGAUACCAAGUUUCGGGAUUUCCUCAUCCCUAAGGGCACUGAAGUGUUUCCUAUGCUGGGCUCUGUGCUGAGAGACCCUAAGUUCUUCUCCAACCCCAGAGACUUCAACCCCCAGCACUUCCUGGAUGACAAGGGCCAGUUUAAGAAGAGUGACGCCUUUGUACCCUUCUCCAUUGGAAAGAGAUACUGCUUUGGGGAAGGACUGGCCAGAAUGGAGCUCUUCCUCUUCCUCACCACCAUCAUGCAGAACUUCCGCUUCAAGUCCCCAAAGGCGCCCCAGGACAUCAGUGUGACCCCCAAACACGUGGGCUUUGCCACCAUCCCACCGGUCUAUACCAUGAGCUUCCUGCCCCUUUGA